UUACGACACAAGAUCGGAAUUGGGAUCCGGAUCAGGAUAUUAUCCUCUACUUUCAGCGCUGCAAACCCUUGACAUACCAAAUCAUACUUCUACCAACUCUAUCCAUGCGUAAUGUUUGAUCAGCUUAUUUUUUUUUAUUUAUGACCACCAAAUCUCUACAUACACACAACAACCGACUGACUUCAAACAUUCUUUACAGAUUGAAGGCUAACUAAUGGAAUUUAAUCCUAAUUUAAGUGCGCAAUAUUUAACUAUAAUUAACGUUCUUUCCUACUUGUAGCAAUCCACUACUUAAUGAAGCUGAAUCAAUUUUAUGAAAAGCCUACGCUCGUAAACAGCUCAUAAUAUACGUUACAAGAUGCCGCAAACAAACUCUAAAACAAUAACUGCAAACUAGAAAUGUGCCUCAUAAAUUUUACCGAAUUCAGUAGCUGGUGGUUAAGUGAAUAACAUGGACGAAAAGUCGGUGGAAACGGAAGAGCCCAAAAGGGGUUUCUUCUCGGUUAACAAAAAACUGAUCAUGCUGAAGUUAACGCUCUUCUUUCUGUACGGCGCCAAUUCCUCCUUAAUGCCCUACUUGACAAUUCACAUGCAAAGCAUUGGUCUCACAGUUCGACAAAUCAGUAUAAUAUAUCUAACCCUUCCAUUAACCACCUUCCUUACACCACCAAUAACAGGUUUUCUAGUGGACAAAUUUGGGCAAUACAAGCCAGUAGUCAUAAUUUCAUUUCUAAUGACUGCCCUUGUCCAUCAUGCUCUGUUCAUAAUACCCCAUCAGGAGAUUCCAGGGACAGAACCGGAAGCUUACGUGAUGCGUCAUUCCAGGGAUCACGUAGAAGUUUGGUGGAGUCCAUGCCCAAGCAGAGAAUGCACCGACGAAGAAGAAAUUAACGUCGUCCUUGGCGAGUGCUUCGAUCAUUGCCUCCUAAAGCCGAGGAAUCAGACCACCGCAAACGCUUCUAUGCACUUAGCGAAUCAGGAUGGGUUUAGGAAGGAAGGGCCGGGCGUUUUGUUCGUUCUUGAUAUGCAUCCAGAUUUGGGAGAUCCUGUCGAAGUGCUAGGAAUCGAGCUAGAGUCUAAGGAAGAUGAUACUGCCAUAGAGUUUAAGGUGCGCUUCACAGAGAAGCUAUUAACACAGGCGGGUGUUAAUUUCACUGAAUUAGAUAACAGCGACUUGAGAUGUGGUGGUAUUGUCCUACGCCACAACAACACGGGGGAUUGGGCUGGAGAUUGUAUUGUACAGAAAUGUAAAUUCCAUCAGGGCGGACCAGAAAUUUGUCCACCAGAUUUUAAAGAGACUGAUAACAAGACUUACUGGAUUUACUUCGUUUUGAGAUUUGUUGGAAGUAUUAUGAUGACUGCUGGUGUUACAAUUAUGGAUCCGAUUGCAUUAACUAUGAUUGAGAAAUACGGCGGUGAUUUUGGCCGUGAGAAAUUAUUUUCCAGCAUGGGCAUGGCUUUGUUCUCACCAAUUACCGGAGUAUUAAUUGAUUACAGCAGUAAAUAUUUGGGAUAUACGAAUUAUUCCCCAGCUUUCUUCACAUACGAUGUAUUGAUGGUAAUUUCGGCAAUUGCUGUUUAUUUGAUGCCGUUAGGCAGCAAGCUUCCUGCAGACAAUAUUUUCAAAGACAUGAUUAAUAUCUUCAAAAUGCCGAAUGUUAUUAUUUUCAUUAUAUUUAUGUUCCUGCUUGGUAAUCCUUGGGGUUUCAUAGAGAAUUACCUGUUCUUAUACCUUAAGGAUUUAGGUGCUCCAAAUGCACUUUUAGGAGUUACUGUUACCGUCGGAACUUUAAGUUCUAUGCCAUUUUUGUACGGAGCGGAGAAGAUAACCAAGAAAAUCGGGCACGUUAAUAUUAUAAUUAUAGCAUUCUUCGCACAUUCAGCAAGGUUAAUGGGAUACUCAUUCAUAGAGAGCGCCUGGUGGUGCUUCCCGUUCGAAGCAAUGGAGUCUCUCUCGGUGCAUCUUAUGUGGGUUGCUGCAGCUACAUAUUGCGCGGUCAUAGCUCCUAAAGGACUUUUAGCAACUCUCAUAGGUGUGAUAGGAAUGGCUCACUUUAGUAUAGGGAGAGGUAGCGGUAGUUUCAUAGGUGGUAGAUUAAUCGGAGAAUAUGGUAUCCGUGAGGCAUUCAGACUUAUGGGUACAGCCUCUGUAGUAUUUGGUGUAGCGUACGCCGUUCUCCACAUGUGCUGGCUUAGAAAAAUUGAAAUAAUCUAUCAGGAAGAAGAUAUGAUCGACGAAGUGAAGCCUGAACCUGAGCCAAAGACUCGUGAUCAAGGUACGAUGGUCAGCUUCGAGCGGUUGAGCUUGAUCAUUGAAUACAAUCAAGUUGGGUCAUUGACCUCAUUGGGUCGUUUCGUAAAUAAAAUGGACGGUGAGGUGUUGAAGCGCGCUCGCCGAGGCAGCGAUAGUUUCGGGAUGUUCAAAAGAUCCCGUGGCAGCGCUUCCAAAGUGGAUCUGCUUAAAUCUGCAACCGAAGUUAAUCAUUCCAGGAAUUCAUUCAAAACCUCAGCAGGUCAAUUGAGUAGACAAAAUGGAAGUAGUACAAAGAUGAUGAUUGAUGGUAGGACAUCAAGUGCACCAAGGCUAGCGUCUCAAAAGAGCUCAAGUUUAAGUCCAAUUCAAGCCAAAGAAUUGGAAAAAUUAAUACCAGAUGAAGCAGAAGAAUUAAUUUAUGAUAAUGAGAAGUAG